GGCAGAAGCACCACUGGCCAAUCCACCAGUUACGUGGGCUUUUUGGAGAUCAGUUCUCAUUUCCCCCAGAUCAAGAAGGGCACAGUUGCGCUUUGCCGGCACAUCACCUAAAUGAUUGGGGACACAUGUCUGCGCUGUCUAAUGAAAAAGUGCGGCUACAGCCAACACCCCUAUUUUAAAAAAGGACUUUAUUGAUUCCAGGUGUAGGUUGGAUUUGGCUUGGGCCACAAUUCAAAGAAAGAGAUAGUGGGAAAGCUGGCUACUCCAAGCGGCUGGCACCGGAAUUCCCCAGCUGCCGGCCGCCUAGUCGCAGCCUUCUUUCCUGGGGGUCAGAGCCUGGCACGAUGGGUAAGCUGUGUCUGGGUAAGCUGCCAUUCUCUCUGGCCACCUCCUUGUUAGUGUUUUGUGGGAGGCAGAUUUAGGUGGGUGGAGUUAAAGUGUAUGAAAGUGCUCUGUCAUCCAGCAUUCUCAAUCUUCAUCUGCUCUUUUUUUAAAAUAGAUGACGGUGUGCAGUCUGCAGAUGAUGCUGUGGCUGCAGGGUCUGUUUCUAUUGGCCACGGAGUGGACCAAAGCCAGGGAAAGAAAUGGAUCCCACCACAAUCUGACAAAGAACAACCAGUUUCCGGAAAGAGGUCUGUUUAAACACAUAUACUUAUGCAAAUUUAAACAAUUGGCUUUUUUAUGCAUCAUGAACAUCAUAUCUCCAGUAUGGGCACUGAAUUGUUUUGUAAGAGGUCCCAGAGCUUAAGAAAGGAGCUGAUCAUCCUGAACACCAGGGAUGGGGAACUCCAGCUCCCAUAAGCCCCAAGCAGAAGGACCUGGGAUUAUUUAGGCAGUUAUUUAAUUUAUACCCCACCCUUCAACCUGAAGGAUCCCAGGGUUGUAUGCAACAAUUCAUAAACUGUGCAUGUUGAUACAAAGGUCAUGAAUCCAACAAUAUAAAUAAAGUAUUUUAAAAUAAUAAUAAUAGUAAUAAUAAUGAUGAUGAUGAUGAGAGUUCGUAUUCAACAAUAUCUGAAAAGUCAUAGGAGCUCUCUGAUAGCCUUAGAGUAACUGAAAGAGAACUGAAAUUGACAGAGCCUUCCAUCCCUGCCUCUGAGUGCAUUUUUUCCUCCCAGUUCACAGAGAAUCCAUUGCUGGUCUUCCUUAAGGUUUUCUUUCUUUUUUCUUUGCUUUUGCAGUGUAAUCUGAAAGUGGUGUGGGGAAUUGCUGCUAUUGUAACACAACAGGGAGACAGAAAUAAAUGGUGGGCUACUGCUGUAGCUGCUCUUCUGCACCGAAAUCAUGAUUUGUCAACAUUUGGGUUGUUUCUGUUGGGUUAGAAGGCAUACGUAGAAACAUAUCCAAAUUUUACAAUCUGAAAUAGUACCCAAAGUCAGCUUUGUUGCCUUGAAAUUAGCAUUCCUGACGGCCUUUCCCCCUCAACCAGGGACUGUGAACGAUGACAUUUGCUUAGCCAGCGAACAAUGGAGCAUGCGGAAGGGAAAGGAGGAGCCAAGCAUUCCUCUGAACGACGACCAGGCCUGUGAGGGAAGAACUCAUUGUGACAUCAGGGGAAAGCCUUGAUGGGCUAAUUAGGAUUGUGAUUGUUAUAAAUAUAGUAAGAUUGUUGUAAAUAUAAUAAAAUCUAGAGCCAAUGAAAGGCAGAGCCAAGCAAUUCUAGUUUUGUCCCCAUCCUCUUCCUGGCUGAGUUAUGCAACACUUAGACUAAGGAACGAGCCUGAAGCUGACAGUACUGUAAGUUAGAAGGCAGGCAAGAGGCGGCUAGUUGAGGACAGAGUAAAGUUGGUGGGGCAGUGCCCCAUUUACCCUAAGGGACCAGCUUCCGCUGCAUGCAUGGAGUGCAAUGUAUAUGUCCCCCCCCCCCAGGAUCAUAAAUACAUGCACACACUUCCUUCUUGCAGUGAUGCAGAUUUUUCUACUUUCAAAUGUGCAAGAUGUGCUUGAUUUGAAUUGAGAAACCGAGAGAAAUCAAACUUGCCAGAGUCAUCCCAAUCCUAUGCAGGGCCUUCUCAGUGGUUGCACCCAGACUCUCUCUAGAGAAGUUAGAUUGGCUCCCUUCUUACUGUCCUUCCACAGUCAGGUGAACACCUUUUUGUUCCAAUCUGCUUUGGGCAACUGACUGCUUUUAAUGAAAGGGCUGGUGCCAUGCUGUUUUUACUGUAAUAAUUUGUAUGGGUUUAAAAGAUAUUUGUGUGUGUGUGUGUGUGUGUGUGUGUGUGUGUGUGUGCAAGACCCAGGCCAUGUUUUAAUACAGCAUCUCUCCUUCCCCCACCCAAUUUAGGUGAUGCUACAGGAGGACAGCAAGACUGAAGAUGGAGCCUAUGUGUGUGCCAUCUUUGAAUCCAUUGCUGGCAGGGGCACCACUGGCCAAUCCACCAGUUACGUGGUCUCCUUGGAGAUCAGUUCUCAUUUCCUCCAGAUCAAGAAGGGCACAGUUGCGCUUUGCCGCCGCAUCACCUAAGUUGGGGGACACAUGCCUGCGAUGUCCGAUCAAAAAGCUCAGCUACAGCCAACACCCC